GUUGUACCAUAGCUUGCAAUGAUGGUGCAAAAGAAGUAUUUGAGGGAUGCAUAAUAGCUUCACUUGCUCCAGAUACUUUGAAAAUGUUAGGCAAAGAGGCAACGUAUGAUGAAACAAGAAUAUUGGGGACUUUCCAGUUUGUCUACAGUGAUAUUUUCCUUCAUCGCGAUGAAAAAUUCCUGCCUCAAAACCCAGCAGCAUGGAGUGCUUGUAACUUUCUUGGAACCAUGAAUAAUAGAGGAUGUGCGACAUAUUGGCUCAAUGUAAUCCAGAAACUUGGUGAGUCAAAGAUGCGUUAUCUCGUAACCUUUAAUCCUCCUCACACACCAGAACAUACGUUGCUUAAGUGGAAAACAAGACACCCAGUCCCCUCGGUUGCUGCAUCACAAGCUUCAUGUGAGCUACAUCAAAUCCAAGGGAAGAGAGGAAUAUGGUUUUGUGGAGCAUAUCAAGGCUAUGGCUUCCAUGAGAAUGGACUUAAGGCGGGUGUGGUUGCUGCAUAUGGCAUGCUUCAAAGGAAUUGUAGUAUUCUGGACAACCCCAAAUACAUGGCAUCAACCUGGCCAGAGACAGGAGCACGCCUCCUCGUUACUAGAUUUCUAAAAAGUUUCAUUAAAACAGGAUGCAUAAUCUUGCUGGAAGGAGGUACAAUUGUCACCUUCCAAGGAACAGAGAUGAACUGCUCUCUCAAAGUUUCUCUAAUAGUUCAUACUACACAGUUCUACUGGAAGAUUGCAACUGAAGCUGACAUCGGUUUUGCUGAUGCUUUUAUUCAUGGGGAUUUCUCUUUUGUUGAUAAAAAUGAAGGUCUUCUUAAUCUUUUCAUGGUACUUAUUGCCAACGGAGAUUUGAAAGAAUCUGUUAAAAGGUCUUGCAAGAACAGAGGCUGGUGGACACCACUGCUUUUUACAGCACUGCCGUCAUCUGCAAAAUACUUCAUUCGUCAUGUUUCAAAUCGGAACACCCUGACUCAGGCUCGCCGCAAUAUCUCUCGUCAUUAUGACCUGAGUAACGAACUCUUCUCACUCUUUCUGGACGAGACAAUGACAUACUCAUGCGCAAUAUUCAAGAGUGAGGAUGAAGACCUAAAAGAUGCACAGCUGAGAAAAAUUUCUGUUCUCAUUAGAAAGGCAAAAAUUAGCAAGGAACAUCACAUUUUAGAUAUUGGAUUUGGUUGGGGAAGCUUUGCUGUGGAAGUUGUCAAGCAAACAGGAUGCAAAUAUACUGGUAUUACUCUCUCCGAGCGGCAACUGGAGUAUGCACAGUUAAGAGUUGAGCAAGCAGGCCUUCAGGAUCAAAUUACAUUAAUCCUAUGUGACUAUCGCCAAAUCCCAAAGGAGGACAAAUAUGAUAGGAUUAUAUCAAUCGGGAUGUUGGAACAUGUUGGUCAUGAUUUCUUAGGUGAAUUCUUUACUUGUUGUGAGUCUGCAUUGGCAAAAAAUGGGCUUCUAGUUCUGCAGUUCAUUUCAAUACCAGACGAGAGGUAUGACAGUCACAGACAUAGCACAGACUUCAUGAGAGAAUAUAUAUUCCCAGGCGGAGGCUUCCAUGCACUAAGUCAAGUAACAUCAGCCAUGGCUGCUGCAUCAAGACUAUGUGUAGUUCACCUGGAAGAGAUAGGAAUUCAUUACUACCAGACACUCAGAUGUUGGCGAAAAAACUUCCUGAAAAAUAAAAGCCGAAUUCGUGCUUUGGGAUUCGAUGACAAGUUUAUCAGGACAUGGGAGUACUACUUUGACUAUAUUGCUGCUGGCUUCAAAACGUGCACAAUUGGAGAUUAUCAGAUUGUAUUUUCAAGGCCAGGCAAUGUUGCAACAUUUGGUGAUCCUUACAACGGUGUGCCUUCAGCUUAUUAGAGUUGCUUUCUUUGGAAUAUUAUAUCGUAACUUUGUCUUUGCUAAUAAAUAGUUCCUCAAAACAGCAUGAAAAACUAAUAAAGACAUAUCAUGUCAUUGGCUUGUGCUGAAUUCUGUUAUUCUCUUGUACCCAUGUAUUGUGUGAAAUUUUUUCAAUUACCUAAUAAAAGCUUUUCGAGGGAUUUACUAUUAUUAAAA